GGAAGAAACCCAAAACAAAGCUAAAGCUUCGCCCUCUCUCUCUCUCUCUCUCACUCUGUCUCUGCCUUACUGCUCGGCUACUCCAGUCCACCAUCCAUCCCCGACCCUUCACUUCACCGUUCCAACUCUUCUCUUUCACUGCUCACUCAAGGAUCUCUCCCUCCGCCAUUGCAGCUUCUUCAGCAUUUGCUGCUUCCGGCGUUCCCCAGUCGAAGUGAGAAUACAUAAUCAUGGAUUUUCAUUUCCACGUUCAAUAAUUCCCGACACUCGAAGCCUUGUAAUUGAUUGGGAUCGAAGGUGAUUCCUCGAAUUGUUGCCUAAUGGAUGCUAUAAAUGUCAUUCUAUCGUUCGGUUUCGUUAACAUUUGUCCUACUCCGGACCCAGAAAUCCGUCCCUAGAGGUGUUUCCUACAGAAACUCUGUUGUUAGGGUUUUCCUCGUCGGAUGAAGAGGACGCCCGAAGCCCCCAUUUAAAUUUCUUUAGAUUCUUCCUCCAGUUACCAAAUCCUUGCAAUCCGAUUCCGGCAACUCCCAGAAGUUGCGUUUGCGCGGGCGCCGCGCCCCGUGAUGGUGAGCUUGGCGGAUCUGUCAAUGGGGCUGCUGGCGGCGAGCGGCAGCGACACCGUGAAGCUCUUUGAUGUGUCGGUGGAGAGCGGCGAUCCUUGCAUUUUGAGUUACGCUCCUUCUCCUGGUUGUGUUGUCAACUCAGUCAAGUGGAACCACACCAAUUUGGUUAUUGCUAGUGCGGGAGAAGAUAAAAAGAUUUCACUGUGGCGUAAAAAUGGCCAGAGCAUGGGAACUGUCCCUCUGGCUAGUACUGAUAGUGGAGACAGCAUUGAGGAAUCUAUAUUAGCUAUAAGCUUUAGCAACAAGGGCUCCAGAUAUAUAUGUUCCGGGGGACCUGGUCAAGUUGUAAGAAUAUGGGAUUUGCAAAGAAAGCGCUGCAUUAAAUGGUUAAGCGGUCACAGCAGUACUAUUACUGGAGCAAUGUACAACUGCAAGGACGAGCACUUGGCUUCUAUUAGCAUCAGCGGGGACCUGAUACUUCACAAUCUUGCAUCUGGUGCAAGAGCAGCUGAACUCAAGGAUCCUAAUCAGCAGGUACUUAGGGUACUGGAUUACUCCCGUGUUAGCCGUCAUCUCCUGGUAACUGCUGGUGAUGAUGGGACGGUUCACUUAUGGGAUACAACAGGUCGUAGUCCAAAGAAUUCUUGGUUAAAGCAGCAUUCUGCACCAGCUGCUGGUAUCGGCUUCUCACCAUCUAACGAUAAGAUAAUUGCCAGCAUUGGUAUGGACAAGAAGUUGUACACCUACGACUCUAGUUCUAGAAGACCGUCAUCAUUCAUUUCAUAUGAAGCUCCUUUCUCUUCAUUGGCCUUUAGAGAUGAUGGCUUGGUAUUGGCAGCUGGGACCAGCAAUGGUCGUAUAGUGUUUUAUGAUAUCAGAGCAAAACCACAACCUUUCACUGUCCUCCGUGCAUAUAAUAGUUCAGAGGCUGUUACCAGUUUAUGCUGGCAGAGAGCUAAACCUGUGAUUGUGAACGAAAGCAAUUGCACCCCUGAGACUGCUCUUCUUGGAGGUUCUGUUGAGGAUUCAAUUCUUAUGCCCGACCCACUUCCUUCUGUGGCAUCUUCGAGUCUUACAACAUCGACAUCAGUGCUGGGUUCUCGUAAUAUUAGCAGAUCAAAUCUAUCUCUUGAUUCAACUAGCUCACAGCUUAUGCCUUUAUCUGAGGAAACACCACAGAGGGGCCAUCUGAGGCCCGGUGGGACAUUAUCGAGGUUGCAUGCCCCUCCUUCUACUUACAACUUCAAGGACGACAUGGAGGUUUUCUCUCCACUUGUGGAUGUUCAGCCUAUUACUCCCUCUCUGAAUAAGUUAUGGGAUGACCAUGAUGGAGCUAACAAGAAAGACCUUGCUUCUUUAGACAAGAAAACGUCUUCCCUGUUGUUUCCUUCAUCCUCUCGGAGGUUUCCAUUUACAGAUGAUGGCGCUAACAAUCACUCCAUAUACGAUUGGAAAUCCAAUUCCACUUCGAAACAGGAUGAUGAUCGAUCUUUUACCCAGCUGGGUUAUACACCUCCUCCUUCAUCAAAGAGUGACGAUUCCUCUAUCACUCCUCCAGAAGCUUGGGGCGGUGAAAAGAUAUCUGAAAAAUUGGCCCACCUGCGACAGCCUCUACAUCUGCCUUCUCGGUUUGGCAUGUUAAGUGGGACCCAGUCAGCAGGGUCAAUGUUCUCUGGGAUCCAAGAUCUAGGCUCCUCCACAAAUCAGACCAGUAGCAGCUCAGUCACAAAUUCUGACUUUCCUUACACAAAUUUACGUCUUAAAGAUGCUUCUUCAACACUCGAUGCUCCAUCAGGGUUUCCGCAAAACUUCCCUUCUAGUUCAUCUCUGUCGCCAACUUUCGGUGCAAAGGGCAUUCUGGGUCAGUCUUCCCUAGACUCUUUUGGACCCACCUCCUUGGCUCUCCCUAGGAGAUUUUCGACUUAUGCAGAGAGAAUAAGUACCACUUCCUCCUUCAGUGACGGAACAGCUAUUUCUGUCAGUUCACCCAAGAUGAAGAAAACAGGCAUUGAAACAAAGGAAGAACUUCCUAGCAGCUUGUUGACAAGGACUGAUAACACAUUGGCUGCCUCUGAACCACUGAAUCUCCCCUCAUUAAAUGGUGGAGUUUUGCAAUCCCAGAAGAGCCUCACUGUGGAUACGCAGCAAGGAUCUUUCACAUUACAGCUGUUUCAACGUACGCUUGAGGAGACCCUUGAUUCCUUUCAGAAGUCAAUCCAUGGGGACAUGAGGAACCUUCAUAUCGAGAUCCUUAGACAAUUCCAUAUGCAGGAGAUGGAAAUGUCAAAGGUGUUGGGUUCGAUUCUGGAGAAACAAGAAGAGCUGAUGAAAGAGGUCAAGUGUCUUCGCAAGGAAAACCAGCAACUUCGGCAGUUGCUGUGAAGCAGCUGUUGCCCGGGGAACAUAGUUGUCGUAAGAAUGCAGGGACCCCAUGACUAUUCCUCUUGGUCUCCUAACAUUCUGAGCAAAAAGUGUGAAUUUUCGGAAAAAUUCCAAAUGUUUGGUAUGUAUAAAUGCUGUUCAUCAGGCUAUUAUCCCAAAAAGCUUGGGCUGUAAGGGUUCCUCGUAGCAUUGUUUAUAUUCCGAAAGCUUCGUGUAACCUUCAGUCAAUCACCACGCCCUAGUUAUUCAAUCGGUGUAUGGUUUCUUUGGUUGUAUUGUCUGCUCACUCAAUCACAUGUAGCAUAUUUUUGUGCAAUUUUCUGCUGAAGUUGGGAUCCGUUCUUGUAA